ACGACGUCGUUGUACUUUGACGUGGUUGCUACGUUUCUGCCAAUUUGCCCACUCGGGUUGCGGCAAACUUGGUGACGAGAAAUACGUAACUGAUGGAAGUGCUGAUGGAAGAAGGAGCGACCGUGGUGACCAGCAGUGCGCCCGUAUCGCGUGCCACCAGCACUACCACGGCAGCACGCUCCAGCCCGGCUCCCAGCGCGGUAGUGGUCACCUCUGCCCAGGGGCGCACCAACGGCACUGUGGUGUUUGCCUCGCCGGCACAGGUCAAGCAGCUCAACGUGGUUCCUUCUGCGACAACACAAGCACUGGCAGUGCAACAGCCUGGCGGAGGUGUGUCCAUCGUGCACGUGUCUAUCCCCAACCAGCCCAUGCACGUACAGUCAGUGAUACAGCCCAACCAGCAGUCCGUGAUUCAGGCCGCUGGAGGGGCAGCUGCCCUGCAGACAUUGGGCAAGAAUGUCAUAUUGGUAAAUAAGGGCUCAGUGAUCCACAGUGCCGACGGUGAUGCUGGCGUCCACCCUGUCCAGUUGAUACCAGCGGGCAAAUUGGAUGUGUCUGGGGAGGCGGCUGUGCUCACAGCAGAAGACGAUUCUAAGAAGCGGCGAGAAAUACUUGCACGAAGACCAUCUUACCGCAAGAUCUUAAACGAGCUCUCCUCCACUGAGGCACAGGGUGCUGUAGCAUCGCUGACAGCCGAUACGAAGGACGACGAAGACGACCCUGACAACACCAUCACAGUGGCUGGCACUCAGUACCACACCGCAGCUGGACUGCUGAAAGUGGUCCCCGCCUCAGCCAUACAGCUGGCGACCGUGACGCAAGAAGGCAGCCUGCAGGGCCUCCAGACGUUGACCAUGACCAACGCAGGUCGGGGAACAGCGGCUGGUACCAUCGUCCAGUAUGCCCAGGGACAGGACGGACAGUUCUUUGUGCCUGUGACAGUGUCUGCGGCCGACCUUCAGGCAUAUCAGAUCCGGACGACGGGCACUGGUGGCUCGUCACAGGCGUUGGCACAAAGUGUAGUCAUGGGACCGGCGCCCAGUCUCCAGACCCAGCAGUCACUUGCCGAGGAAGCAUCCCGCAAGCGGGAGCUUCGCCUACUCAAAAACAGGGAUGCUGCAAAGGAGUGUCGGCGGAAAAAGAAGGAAUACAUCAAAUGCCUGGAAAAUCGGGUCGCCGUCCUUGAAAAUCAAAACAAGGCACUCAUAGACGAGCUCAAAUCACUCAAGGAGCUGUACUGUCAGAAGAACGAAUGAGCCACGUUCUAUCGGGACUUUGAGUGUUCCAAUAUUGAAGCCAUCGUGUGCACAGUCGUGGAAGAAAAGACUCGCAUAAACUGCAUGCAGUCUCACCACUGUCGCAGCACAGUGGAGUUUCUCUGUGUACCUGGACCAGUUCAUCGUAAGGGUCGUUAAUUGUUUUGCCCUGACAGUCGGUGCACAGGCCCUGCUGGAAUUUAACCUAAUUCUUGCCUCUUUUUUGGUCGUUCACCAGUUUUGUUGCACCCCUGUGGAGCUGCAUUCAUUUCAUUGUCAUCACUACUUGAACUGUAAAUAGCAUCAUGUGUGUGUUCAUGCCAUCUCGUUCUUGGAGCAAGGGCCGGUGCAGCAUUGCAGGCCUUUUUUUUGUUAUUAUAAUUAUUUCAUCUGCUGCUACAAUUUUGCAGCAAAAUGCCAUGGAAAAGGUAUAUGUAAGAUUUACCUGCUGGAUAUUCUCGAGAUUGUACAUAUGUGAAUUUCAGUCACUUUUCCCAUCCAUCCUUUUUUCACUUUUUUUUUUGUCAUGGCAUGUAAUCAACUUUAAUGAUGGCUUGUGCUGACACAAGUCAAUCGCAGGCCCUUUUUGUUCUUUUGUUUAUGUUAAAUGAAGUGAGCACACUUUAAAUAUUUUGUUACGUUAUGGGAAAAUCGCAUUUUUUAAAAAAGAAAACCGUGCGGUGUUCUGUUGGCGUGCACUCAAAACAAUCGUCGCUGAGGGGUGCACUCUUGCUUUCUGUUAAAGAGAUCUCAGUUGUUGAGCUGUGCCUUGAGAUAUUUUGUAACCCAGAAAAAAAAACUAUAAAAGGGUUCUACACAAGA